AAAAUGGGAUGAUCCCCAUCUGUUUCCUCACCAAGGACGGUGUAACACAAGAUCGCCUAACAUGCACGUACAGACAGUUUUCACAGCAGGCUUUGCCCUGUUUACCCAAGCUUAUCCUUCAAGACUCACCGUUGACCUUGGGUACGAAAAGUACACAGGUGUUUACGACAACAGCUCGGGUUUGGAUAUAUGGAAAGGCAUCCGUUACGCUGCUCCCCCCGUUGGAGACCUUCGCUGGCGCGCCCCUGCUGAACCAGAAUACACCGGCAAGACCGUACUAGCGGACACGUUUGGUUCCGCGUGUCGCCAGACAUUGGCGGUUGGCGGCGAUGUCCCGUCCUCGCCUCUCGGAGCCGAAGAAGACGAGGAUUGCCUGUUCCUGAAUGUCCACGCCCCGCGCGGUGCCAAGAAGCUGCCCGUCUACGUUUGGAUCCAUGGCGGAGGCUAUGGCCAGGGCGACGGGAGUCAGGAUCUUCGCGAGUUCAUCAACGCGAACGGAAACAAGUACAUUGCAGUGUCUAUGAACUACAGGCUCGGCGCUUUCGGGUUCUUGUCGUCCGAAGAUGUGAAGAAGAACGGGGCUCUGAAUGCUGGUAUGCUUGACCAGAGAUUCUCCCUUGAAUGGAUACAGAAGCACAUCGGCGCGUUUGGUGGUGACAAGUCACGCGUGACCAUCCACGGUGUCUCUGCGGGGGGUGGCUCCGUCAUGCUCCAUUCAAUGGCGAAUGGUGGUUCUGACGGGGACAAGCUGUUUGACCAGGGUAUGGCCUCCUCGCCUUAUCUCCCUCGACACUACAACUACGACGAAGACUUCCCAACGUACUUGUACGACCAAUUUGUCAGUCUGAGCGGGUGCGAAGGUGAUUCCGACAAACUGUCUUGCCUCCGCAGUCAGGAUGCCGAGGUUCUCCAGGAGGCAAACGUCAAUGUCACCAAUGCUACGGCAUAUGGCACAUGGGCCUUCGCGCCGGUCACAGACGGAUGCUUCAUCCAGAACGCCCCAUCUGUCCAGCUGCUGGACGAGAAGGCGGUGAACGGAAACCACAUGUGGGCCAGCCACAACGCAGAAGAGGGCCCUAUCUUUGUCCCGAAGAACAUCACCACCGAGGAUGCCCUGGUCGAGUUCGUGCGCACCAGUUUCCCCCGGUUCGACGACGACGACAUCGCAUCCGUGCUCGAGACAUACCCCCUCUCGGCAUAUGGGAUGGACACCUCCAACCCCCGCUUCGCAACCGCAGGCGACAAUGGCCCGACGGCCGUCGACGUGUCGCCCUUUGGCAUCGGCCACCAGCAGCGCGCAUUCGCCAUCUACGGAGAAGCCACAUUCCAGUGCCCGUCGUACUGGGUGGCAACCGGCUACACCGGAGACGAGACCAAGUCGUCGUACCUCUUCACGUACACCAGCCCGCCUGCUCUCCACGGGGCUGACGCCACGGCUUAUUUUGGGCCGUCGAUACCGACCCUGAGUGCUGAAUUCGUCCGAGCAUGGCAGGGCAUGUGGGGUGCUUACAUCGCGACUGGGUCGCCGAACAUACCCUCCGAUGUUGCGAAUAACACCGGCUCGGACGUCUUGUCGAACUGGCCGAGAUGGGGGGGACACGACUCCAUGGUCAACUUCAACCAGACUGGAGGCACGCCGAUGAGGGUAGACGUCGGGUUUGGUCUUGGGGAGGUUACUGCCAAUGUUGAGCCUGGGCUGGAGAAUGCAUUCCGUGAAGUUGAUGCCAGGACGUGGGAGGGAGGUAGAGGGGAGAGGUGUGAUUUCUGGAGGCGGAUGGCCCCCAAGGUGCCCAUGUAA